AGUGACAGGCGACAUCGAGCAGGGGGUAACGGUGCGAGCGCGCACGCGCCCCCACCCCACUCAAUUAAAAAAACUCAAGGUGUCGAAGAUGGCGACAGACUGAGAGGGGAUGGGGUAAAGGGAAAACUGAACGAGAAGCAAAUGCCGCUUUUCCCACAAGAGAAGGAAGAAAAAACGAGGAAAAUGUUAGUCAGGCGUGACGGCAUUUAGGUAAAAUCGCGAUUUUGUUAUGCGUUUCUAUUCUGCUGCUAGGUAUGAAUUUCGCUAAAAUGACGGGUGUAGAGGUACGAUUACGUUGUUCUUUCCAUUGCGAUGGAUCUUUUGCUGAUCAUUAGACGCUCUUCUUGAAGUUUGACUUCUCGAUUCAAAAGAGAAAAAAUGUAACUUAACAUAAUGAUGCACAUAAGGUAGGUGACAUUGUUUGGAUGAAAAAUUGGAGAGGAGGAAAAACAACUGGAAAACAUCUUUGUGUACCCCUGAAAUAUGAUCAGGGGUGCUUGGAUGUAUCGAAGGGAAGAUGAUGCCGUGUUAAAAAUCUGUUGUACCCCCAAACAAAACGACAAACCGUGCGCCGAUUCCGAGAGGGCACAGAAAUGGCGAAUGUCUUUAGCAUCCUUAUUAGUUUUUACCGUCCUUCUCUCCGAUCACCUAUGGCUGUGUGCUGGAGUUAAGCUUAGGUCCAAGGAUAAGAACAGCCGCAAAUACUGGAACAACGCGACUGAUGGGGACCAUGCAGUGCAGAAUGAGGGAAACUGUGGUUUGCCCCUAAGCAGUUUGACCAAAUCCGCUGCUCCAAGUCCACAUUGCACUGAAGCGCGAAACCACCAAAAUCUGGAGUCAUCCUGCACCACACUGCACUGGAAAAAAAGAGGCGCUGGAUCAUCACUUACAACUCACAACAGAUCGUCAUUGUCACCCCAGUUACUAUUGACUUAUUUUAGGAAUUUUAGUCUUUCUUUUUGUGGUUCAUAUACAAUUUCAGACCUGCUGGUGGGGAUGGCAAGUCCAGACGGUUUGAAUUGCAGUCUUCAGAACUUGAUCUGGGAUUUGGUCAGUGGAGGUGUGGAUGAGGAAGGCUCCUGCAACAGCUGCAUCCAGGCAUACAUGAGGCUGGACCAACACGCUCAGGAAAAAUAUGAGGAGUUUGAUUUCCUCUUCCUCAAAUAUUUAUCAGAGGAUUAUUCAGUCAGAUCACGUACAGAGGACUGUAAGAUGGCCUACAAAGCCUGGUUAUGUUCAGAAUAUUUCAGUGCCACCCAGAGCCAGUGCCUCCACAGGAUUCCCUGCCAGCAGUACUGCCUGGAGGUUCAAGCCAGCUGCCCCUUUGUGCUGCCUGACAAUGGGCAUCUGGUUUAUGGGGGAUUAUCCAGUUUCAUCUGUACAGGGCUACUAGCAAAGCGGGUAAGCGGCGCGGAGGCAGAGUGCUGCGACCUGAGGUGGAGCGACUGCCGCUCAGCGGUGCAGACUGCCUGCGGCGGCUCCUUCGCUCCCAGGCGCGCCUCACAGCCCGCAUCAGCAGCCGUGUGUCUCCACGGCAGCCGGGUCAGGCUGUGUGUGCUGGUGCUCAUCCUGCUGCACACCGUCGUCACCUUUUCUGCCGUCACCGACCACAGUGGGGUCAGCUUGGAGGCCCUGGCUUCCAUGGACGACAACUCAGCCCGAGAGGAGUGACCGUCACCUAGUGCCAUUUAGGAAAAAUCAGCGUCUGUCAAUGGCGUGACACAAUUAAGGGCCUGAGGGAUGUGGCAGGGGGGCAGGGGGUGGAAGAUGCCCCAGUGUUCUCCCAAAAAAUGAAGGAAUGGUUGGUGUUCAGGAAAUGUUUGAGUACAAGUGGCCUUUGUUCAAUCCUUCAGAAACCUAGACAGGUGAUACUGUAAUAAAAAUCUUCAGAAAAAAUGUUUGAAAUGUUACUGAUGAUUUACUGUCAACUUCCCCAGCUUAAAUAAUUUUCAUUAUACCAUCUUAUUACCAGUAAAGAUCUCCAGUAAACACACUAUUGUUUUUCGUGAGUACAGGGUACAGGAAACAGUGGAUGGGAUACCAGUCCCCCAAAGGGCAUGCAGAGGGGUAUCAGAGGGAAGUCCAUAUGCAGAAGCCUGUGGGUGUGAGGCCACAGUACCAUGCUCUGAACCUACUCUCCUGCCGCGAGACACUUUAGCUGUUUUAAUAUGCAUUCAAAGUCUCCAUCUAUAUGGAAGAGUAAAGUUGAUUGCAUGUCAUAAUAUAUUUUUCAUAAUUAUUUGAAUGCCUAAUAAGAAAACUGGAUAGAAACAAACAUGCCAACAAAGUUAAAAAGGAUAUAUGUUAGAAAAAAACAUUAUUUAAUAAAAUUGCUUAUCUUUUGGCUUAUGGCACCCAAAAUAAUGUAUUUCACCAAAACCGAUGUUUUGUUCUGCCAGUAUGUGAUGUAGAGGAUCUCUUUUUAGCAUUUUCCCAAAGUAAGAAGGAAUUGCAAGGCCUAACCUAUCAUUUAAGGAGAAGGAUCUGCAAACCCUCACCGGGAGUUUGUACAGUAAGUAAUCAGUCCUUAAGUUUAAAACAGGCUCAUUUCUUGGGCUUAUUAUGUAACAUUAAAUGUUUGAUUUAUGCACUCACUGUUCAAGUAAACAUCAUAUUAUUGUGAUAUGUAAUAUAAAUGAAAAAGAAAAGAAAUGCCAAUAUUUUCAACAUGACAGGCGCCUUUUUACAACGCUAUACUGAGAUGUUUAUACAUGAUAAAAAAUUAAAGUGUUGAUGCAUAUAAUUCAUGCUGAGCUAUAGGAGAGUUUUGUAAGACCAAAAAGGCCACUUCUACUCUUUUUUCCCUAAACGUCAUAAAUGGAUGUUUUCCCUCUAAUGGAAUAGUGGACCCUCUUUAUUAAACAUUCACCUAUUGUGGUGAAAGUAUGAUGCUGACCUAGACAUCGUCGCUAAGCCUGUAUUCUUUAGGGGAACACAUCUUGUGCCAUUUAAUACACUGUGCUUUAAUGUUUAGGACUUUUGCACUAGUUCUAAUAAUGUUUAUUUUCUCAAAUGGUUUGGAAACUGCUACUUUAUUCAGUUGUAUAUCAAGUAUUACAUCUGUGUUUCGAGUCUUUGUAUCUGUUUUCCGUUUCUGUUGUGUUUGAGCAGAACAGACUCUGCUCGAUGUUUUACCUCAAUAAAGAAAAACAAGCUUUCAUUCUA